UGCGUUUAUAGACCAGACAUUAAUAUCGAAGUAUCAGUUAUCAAGAAGUACAAAAAAUAUAAUGAAUCAAUCUACGCUCUUGGCGAUGAGAUUCAUCUACAAUGCAUGCCGGGAUAUCGUUACUUGUCAGGAAACACAACACUGACGUGUAAUGAUGCUGGGCACUGGAAUGGCGAAAUGCUUAUAUGUGAAGUUAUAACGUGCACAGAGACCAAUAACAGCAAUGUUGAAAUUCUUUACCAAAACUUGAGCAUUGGAGGAACCGCGAAUUACAAAUGUAUCCCCGGAAGUUAUUACGAAGAGGGGAACCUUAAUCGAACAUGUACCAUAGAAGGAGAAUGGAAUGGCGACCCGCCAGUUUGUAAACAGUGCACGUGUCCUUGCGGCAUGAUCGGUUCUAUGCCCAUCAAGGAAUAUGAAAUAGAUAAACUACAUCAAAGAUUAGAGGAGUUAAAAUUGAACCUGAGGAUUUUAAAGAAUACCACGUCAAGAGCCAUCAGGAAUAGGAUCAGUGCUACCGAUGUCCGACCCUCGGCAGUGGGGGUGGGGACGGUUCUCGGGGCAGGGAUUUUGGUGGCUGUUUUUGGGAGCAUAGGUAUCAGUGAUCUCCCAAGGUUGUGGUCAAUCCUAUUUCGCCGAGGAAAAAUCUAACAGUAAU